AUGUGGGUCGUCCUCCUCGCGUUAUUCUGUGCAGUCCGGGGCCAGCAGUUGGUCCUCAAGGAGCUGCACACCCUGCACCAGUGGACGAACCUCAGUUUGGGCGACGAUCUGGCCAAGGGCAAUCGCUUUCUGCCAGUGGAUGUGGACAUUGAGUACGGCGAUGAGGGCAGGCAUCGCACCUUCCUCACGAUCCCGCGACUGGGGAUGGCCACACCCUUCACACUGGCCACCGUGGCUGCGGAGCACAAUGAGCUGGUGGAGAAUCCCCGACUGGAGCCGUAUCCCAGCGCGGAGUGGCACGUGCCACCCAACAACUGCUCUGGCAUCACCUCGGCCAUUAGGACCUAUAUCGACGAAUGCUGGCGUCUCUGGGUGGUGGACUCGGGGCAGGUAAACUCCCUGCAGCUGUGCCCGCCCCAAAUCCUCACCUUCGACCUGGUGAAGGACGAGCUAGUGCAGCGACACCCACUUCCUCCCAGUGCCUACAUCCCCAGCGUGUCCAUCUUCACGGCCCUGGUGGUGGACCUGGCCGAGAGCGGCACACCCAAUCGCUGUGUGGGCGGCAGGGCCUACAUAGCCGAUGCCUGGGGCUACGGCCUCAUCGUAUUUGACUCCCUGUCGGGACGAUCCUGGCGCAUCGAGCACGAGUCCAUGAAGCCGUCACCUUUGCUGGGACUGGGACGCUCCAGCAACUCGCAGGCGGGAAUAUUCACAGUGAGCCUCAGUCCCAGUGAGGCGGAAGAGCGCUUUUUGUACUUCCACACGCUGAACGCCUUUAAUGAGGUCAGGGUUUCGCUCGCCCUGAUCAACAACGAGACCUUCUGGAAGUCCACGAAUGCCAGCAGAAUGGCCAGCAGAGAUGGCUUCCACAGCCUGGGCACCCGGGGAAUCCAGUGCGAGUCGGAGGUGAUGGACCAGUCGGGGAAUCUCUACUGCAGCCUCAUCAGCUUGGGCGCCGUGGUGAAAUGGGAGGAGUCCGUGGGCAACUACACGGCGGACGACCUGCGGGUGGUGGCCUACAAUCCGCACAAGAUCAAGUUCGUCACGGGCCUCAAGAUCAACCGGAAUUCCAAGGGAGAGGAGGAGCUGUGGGCCUUGAGCAGCCAGCCGAAACUCUUUGUGGGCGGCGACUUGCCCGAGAACGAGGUCAAGUUCCAAAUAAUUGGCUGCCGAACCGCUGACCUGCUUGCCAAUACGCCGUGUACAGUGGGCGCCGCAGCAACCACGCCCACCAACGUUUAA